GGAACGAGAAAAGGUGUUCCGUUUUGUGGAAUCAGUUCAGUCAGUGCGAUGCGAACAGUCGCUUAGUGCUGACGACGUUUCGGCCUCAUACACCUCAUCAUACGGGUGAUUGCUGUCGCGCUCUUACUUUAACUGAGACAUGAAUUAUUAUGCUGACGCUUUAGUGUCAAUUGGUUCAUAGUUUGCUGAAGGUGGAUUUUCAGUUUUUGUUUGGUUUGGGAUUAACAUUGUUUUGCUGGAUGAGGAUUGUUUUGUAUGGUUGGGUUGAGGGUGCUUUGGACUCGCUAAUGAUGAUUCUGUUUCAAUGGUUACGCAUCAAUCGCAACAGCGGUCUUGAUGAAAUGAAUUUGCUGUUCCGUCACUCAAAACCUUUUGCACACAAGAUCGUCACACUCAAAGGGAUGCUCUUCCUGCUCGUCCUCGCCGCAUUCCUACCCAGCUCUGCCAUCGCUGUAGGCUGUCCAACUGGAUGUAUAUGUAACGAUGAAACCUAUAUAGUGCAAUGUGAGCACAGCAAAUUGGACGUUAUCCCUAUAACCCUGAACCCGGCCAUCCAGAGGCUGGUGCUCAGAAACAACAAAAUCCGUACUGUAGACGCCGCUUUCCAGUUCUACCGAGAUUUACAGUAUGUGGAUUUAUCCAGUAAUCAUUUGAUCAAUAUACCAACGAAAAGUUUUCAACAUCAAGACAAGUUGCAGGAGUUGCACUUGAAUAAGAAUAAUUUAAGUUCGGUGAAUAAUAAGACUUUCCAGGGGCUGAAGGCUUUGACUGUUUUAAAUUUGCGUGAGAAUUUAUUGCUGGAGCUAUCGCAAGGGACUUUCUCAAUAUUGCCUAAGCUGGAAGAGCUAAAUUUAGGCCAUAAUCAAAUAUCUAAAAUUGACUCUCUAGCAUUCCACGGACUACCCAACUUAAGAGUUUUAUACUUGGACGAUAAUCAGCUUACUUCAGUUCCUACUCCAGCCUUUCCGUCUAUAACAAACUUGGCCGAGCUCCAUGUAGGCCUAAACGGUUUCCAAUAUCUUCAAGAUGAUUCUUUUAAAGGCCUCAACCGACUGAGCGUGCUAGAUUUGAGCAGCGGAGGCAUUUCAAAUAUAAGCGAGCAUGGCUUUAGAGGCUUAACAACUUUAAGAAAUCUAAAUUUGGCUGAUAAUAGGCUUCAACAAAUACCUACAAGCCAAUUGGGUUACUUAACAAGGUUGGAAGAAUUGACUAUUGGGCAAAAUGAAUAUGUAAAUCUUCCAAAAGGUUCAUUUAAGGGUUUGACCAAUUUGAGAAAGCUUGAUAUUACUGGAGCUAAAAACUUAGAGCAUAUUGAAAAAGGAGUUUUUAGUGAUAAUAUGAAUUUGGAAACCAUUAAAUUGGUGAGUAACAGGAAAUUGGAAAAUUUGGAAGAAGGUGCUUUAGUUGGCCUACCUAACUUGAGACACUUGGUGCUAAGGGAAAAUGCCUUUAAGAGCCUACCAGAAUCUGUAGUGUCUUGGAACGAGCUUCGUGCCCUAGAGUUAACCGAUAAUCCUAUAAUUUGUGAUUGCCAACUGUUGUGGCUCCUAAAUCUUGCCAAUCAGAAGAACUUGACUAACGUGCAAUGUGCUAGUCCUCUACAUUUAAGGGAUAGACCCUUAAAGUCACUCACAAGUGAUGAUUUAGGUUGUUCCUUUAACGAUCCUAGCCAACAAGUUAUUAUAGUUACAUUUUGUGUAAGUGCCACCAUUCUGCUUGCAGUUUUAGGUUUGUUUUUGUUCCGAUACAGAAUAAAAGUGCGGGAUGCUUUGAAAGACUAUAAAUUCAAUAAAAGAGCUAUAAGUAGAAAGGAGCAUGAGUAUCAGAAAACUUUCUCUGAAGACGAAUACACUCUACGAACGGGACAGUUGCCUAUUAAACAUAUACCAGUAACGGAAUUGUAGCUAGAGCUGAGCGCGCCGCCCUCUGGGGUAUUUUGUCUUGAGGGCGAAGGGCGGCGUGCUCGAGGCUCUCGAGGACCUGGUGGUACCUUACCUGUAACCGGGUUCACUUAUAUACGUACAGGUGAAACUUGCAGAGCUCAUUCGUUGAGGACUUUAAAUUUGGACUCGGCCAGUUCCAGAAACAACGGGUUUUCGCCCCGGUGCCCAGUGGAUUUGUUUCCCCAUUAAUUAGUUAUUGGACUAAUAUAGAUUGCGCAAUAAAUGAAUGAAUCCAUUCCAAAAAAAUGUGAUUUUUUACGAAAUAUAAAAGACUGUACAGUAGUUGCUAAGGUAUAUUUUUCUUUUGGUCUAAAAAUUAGAUGGCGCGACUGUUUUAUCUCAUAAGAAUUCUGUGAUACUGGUGGUAGCUUUUUAUCCAUUAUUUUUCGCCUCUAUAACUAUUAACUAGACCAGCUGCAAUGAUUUUUGUGUAAAAAUAGGAAAAUAAUUAUAAUGUACCUACUUUGUAGGAACUCGUUGACUAAAUUGGAAUGAAAAAAUUAAGAUUUUAUUUGACAAAUUUAAUUUCUAAUUGUUUUCCUAUUACUCAAAACCUUAAAACAAAGUGUCAUAUCGAAUUCCUUGUGAAAUAAAAACCCUAUUACAUUACACACACCAAUGAUUAAAUUUCCCAUUUUUACACCAGUGUAAGUACCUUUUUUUUAGAAGGAUUUUUAUUUUAUUUUUAAUUUCUCAUAUCUGUCACUCUUUUUUGUAUUAAGACACAAUAUUUGAAAUCAUUAUCUGUUUCCUAAAAAAAAAAAAAUAGCUGGUUUCAAGUAGCCAUGUGUGAAAACUUAUUUUGUGAUUGCAAUUUUCCAAUUUUCCCUCUUUAGUUUACAUAUAAACUAAAAUGUACAAAUUAUAUAUUUAUUGUUUUUAUUUUUCUAAGUUUCUGUCGAUGAAAAAUGCAGUCAUAAAAUAAACACGAACAAAAAAACCAACAAAAAUAUUAUUUGUGUAUAAAAUUGUAUAUUUUCAAAAGAGUUAAUUUGAAAAUAUUUAAAUUUUUUUUUUUUUUGUACAUAAAAGAAAAAAUAUAUAUUACAUAUAUUAUGCAAAAUAUUUCCCUUUUCUAAUAAAUGAUAAUUAUAAUUAUGCCUAAAUUGUAUAUAUUUCACAGGCAAACACAGAAUAAAUUAUCUAUUUUAAUUGUUAUUGAUACCUAGGUACCUACAUUUUUCUGUUUUCAUUAGCUCCUUAUUUUGGAGUGGAUGGGAUAAAUUUAGAAGUAAUUUUGAUUUAAAUUCGUUAUUUUAUCUUUAUAUAUUUUCUCACUUUACAUUUGAAAUUAGCUCAUCACCUUAUGAAAUUUUCAUCGAUCAUUUUAAAAUGUGUGGUAUAACUAAGGUAGGUACAAGAAAAGUGACAAAUGAAUAAAACAAAUAUUAUGUAAAAUAACAUGAAAAAUGUAGGUGACUCCGUGUAUUAUUAUCAUUGAUUUAUUUUGCAACCAAAUUUUCCAAUUUCAUUAAUACUUAAAAAUACCUAUUGGUCAAAAAUAAUCUAUAUUUUGUGUUGUUUUUUAUUAUUUUAUCUGCAGCUAAAAAGAACAUCGGUUUGAUUCUUUUUUUCCUGAGCUAGUCAUAACAAUAUAAAUUAUUUUAAUGAAUGUAUGUGUGUGUACAUUAUUUAAAUAACAUGGUAAAUUUGUAUUAUGUAAAUAUUUCC